CAGCUUCAAACAAUGACUUUUAACAAAAUUUAGACACGCUUAAUCCUAAAAUCCCUCACUAUCAAUCCCCUUCAAUUUCUACACCAAAAUCCAAGCUGGUGUACUAAUCUUUCAACCAUUUUUUCUCACUCUAUACAUUGUCUCUCUCUUUUUGUAGCAGGUUUUUCUUCAGCCUUAAUCAGAAUUUCUAAAAUUCUCCCUCUGCUUAAGGCCUUCAAACCCCCACCUAUCUCUAGCUCCCUUCCACAAUGGGGAAUUGUUGCUCUCGAGGCAACCCUGCCGAUGCCCCUGACACCAAUGGAAAGGGAGACACCACUCUUGAUAGUGGUAACAAUCCUAGCAGUUCUUCCCUGCAUGAGAGUUCCGCCCAAAACCAACCAAAGCAUGCACAAGCUUCACCCUCUCCAGGAGCCUCCUCCAAGCCUUCCAAGCCUACCCCUAUUGGACCAGUCUUAGGCCGCCCCAUGGAAGAUGUCAAAUCCACCUACAACAUUGGCAAAGAAUUGGGCAGGGGACAGUUUGGAGUUACGCAUUUAUGUACCAACAAGUCAACGGGGGAACAGUUCGCAUGCAAGACAAUUGCGAAGAGGAAACUUGUUAACAAGGAGGAUAUUGAGGAUGUUAGAAGGGAGGUGCAGAUCAUGCACCAUUUGACGGGUCAGCCUAACAUUGUGGAACUCAAGGGAGCUUACGAGGAUAAGCAUUCGGUUCAUUUGGUGAUGGAGCUAUGUGCUGGAGGAGAGCUGUUUGAUAGGAUCAUUGCUAAGGGCCAUUACACCGAGCGUGCAGCUGCUUCUUUGCUGAGGAUAAUUGUUCAGAUUGUGCACACAUGCCAUUCUAUGGGGGUUAUCCACAGGGAUCUCAAGCCUGAGAAUUUCCUGUUGUUGAACAAGGAGGAAAAUUCCCCUCUCAAAGCCACAGAUUUUGGUCUAUCAGUCUUUUACAAGCCAGGUGACGUAUUUAAAGAUAUCGUUGGUAGCGCAUAUUAUAUUGCACCUGAAGUCUUGAAGAGGAAAUAUGGACCAGAAGCCGAUAUAUGGAGCAUUGGAGUUAUGUUGUAUAUUCUUCUAUCUGGUGUUCCUCCCUUCUGGGCAGAAUCCGAACAUGGAAUAUUCAAUUCAAUUUUGCGAGGCCACAUUGAUUUCACGACCGAUCCAUGGCCUUCAAUUUCACCACAAGCAAAGGAUCUUGUCCGGAAGAUGCUAAAUUCGGAUCCCAAGCAGAGGUUAACCGCCAUCCAGGUUCUAAGUCAUCCAUGGAUCAAAGAGGAUGGUGAAGCCCCUGAUACACCUCUUGACAAUGCAGUACUAAGCAGGCUCAAACAGUUCAAAGCAAUGAACAAGUUCAAAAAAGUUGCUUUGCGGGUCAUUGCGGGCUGUUUAUCAGAGGAAGAAAUCAUGGGAUUGAAGGAGAUGUUCAGGGGCAUGGAUACUGACAACAGCGGAACAAUAACACUAGAAGAAUUGAAGCAAGGUCUUGCUAAGCAAGGAACGAAGCUAUCUGAAUAUGAAGUUAAACAACUAAUGGAGGCUGCUGAUGCAGACGGAAAUGGAACCAUAGACUACGAUGAGUUCAUCACGGCUACAAUGCAUAUGAACCGAAUGGAUAGAGAAGAGCAUCUGUACCAUGCCUUCCAGCACUUUGAUAAAGACAAUAGCGGUUACAUCACGACUGAAGAACUAGAGCAAGCUCUCCGUGAAUAUGGCAUGCAUGAUGGCAGAGACAUAAAGGAAAUCCUUUCUGAAGUUGACUCUGACAAUGAUGGAAGGAUCAACUAUGAUGAGUUUGUGGCAAUGAUGAGAAAAGGGAACCCUGAAGCAAACCCGAAGAAGCGGCGUGACGUAUUCGUUUGAUUUUGGUGUUGGUUUAAGGAGGGUAAAACAGAGAAGGAGAUCAUUGUGAAUAUUCCCUUAGAAGGCUAAUGAAUGGCGGAGCUGAUGUGAAAAUAUGCAUGCAUGAAAAUUUUUAAUACAAAUUCUUGCAAAG